AUGUCGUCCAGUGGCGAGGUGGUCAAUGUGCUGCACGAUUCCUCGACCGCUGCAGGUGGCAUGAAGGGUGUCUGUGCUAUUUGCCUGGAGCGUCAACAAGCAGGGAGAGGCCAUGCUCUCUUCACAGCGGAGUGCGGCCACACCUUCCACUUCCACUGCAUCACCGCCAACGUGCGCCACGGCCACUCCGCCUGCCCCCUCUGUCGCAAGCGCUGGCACGAGCUGUCCGUGUGCGCGGAGCGCGUGCCUCCCCCUUUCAUGGAAGUUUCUGAGUGCUAUACCGUGCUGCUCACUCUUAAAGGCCCUCCUCUAGACCCUCCUACUUCCGACCCUGCCGCUCCUGCCUCUCCUCCAACCGAUCCCCACCAGGGCUCACCCCUCCCUACCCCUGCAACCACCGAUGGUACCACUACCAUUACUACUACUACCACUCCUGCCGGCCACUCCUCUAGGGUGCCCAUUGAUUUAGUCACACUUUUGGACCUUAGCGGGAGCAUGCACGGUCCAAAGCUGCAGCUGCUGCAGCAGGCCAUGCUCUUUCUCAUUUCCCAACUGGGCCCCCACGACCGACUCUCUAUAAUCACAUUCUCGUCACAAGCACACCGCGUGACGCCGCUUAGACGGAUGACGGAGGAGGGGCGGCAGGAGGCAGAGGGGAAGGUGCGGGGGAUGGUGGCGAGGGGAGGGACGAAUAUUGCCCAAGGGAUGUUAAAGGCGUUGAGAGUGGUGGAGGAGAGGAGGGCGAGGAACCCGGUUGCGAGUAUCAUGUUGCUGAGUGAUGGGCAGGACACCGCCACGUGCAGCCAGAAGGGGUUUGGUUACAGCUCUCUCAACCACCCCAAGCAAACCUACAGCCGCCUCCUCCCAAGCCAAAUGACACGCUCCAAAAACUCUUCUCAAGAUGCUUCAGCCUCUUCCUCCUCCCGGCGUCUAGUCCCCGUGCACACCUUUGGCUUUGGUGCCGACCACGACGCUGCCGCCCUGCACGCCAUAGCCGCCGACACAGCUGGCGUCUUCUCAUUCGUCGAGGAGCCGGCUGGCGUGACCGCCGCCUUUGCGCAGUGCCUGGGCGGCCUGCUGUCUGUCGUUAUCCAAGAGGCCAAGAUCUCGUUCGCUGUGGGAUCGGAUCUCCCCGGGUGGCAGAUCGCGGCAGUACAUGCGGGGGGGUAUGCGUAUAGGGUGGGGGAGAAGGAGAGGGAUGGAGCGGUGCUGCUGGGGGAUUUAUACGCGGAGGAGGAGCGGCAUGUGAUGCUGGAAGUGUGGCGCAGACGACACGUCGAGGACGAAUCCCGAGCCAGGGACACGUCAGCAGCUAGAGCAGCGCAGCGUGACAUGUGUCGCAUUCUGAGGGCGCGCUGCAGCUACAGAUGCCACCCGCUCUUCCAGGACACCCACCGCACACCGCUGGUAGAGCUGGCUGUUGCGCGGGAAGAGGAGGAGGAGGAGGAAGAUUAUGAGGAAGAACCUCGCUCACUUCUUGGCACUGGGCAGGACCUGGGAGUCCUUGUGCAUUUGAGGAUGAAUCCCGAGAAAGGUACACGACGGCAGGUGCCAGGGACAUGUGUCGCAUUCUGCGUGCGCGGUGCAGCUACAGAUGCACCUUGCCUCACAGACAGACACCUCCCUCCCUCUCCCAUGUCUUCCACAGGACGACAGCAGAGGGGUUAUGCGCAUGGGCAGGAGGAGGGCGAGUAUGGGGCGCACAGCAAUGGGCAUGAUAGUUUUGCGGCGGCGCUCGCAGCAGCAGGCGGGUGGGACAGCAGCGCCCAGGGAAGCAGCAGGCAGCCCAGUGGCGCUCAGGCAAGCGGCAGGCAAUCAAGUGGCAGGCAGGCAAGUGGUGUAUCACCACCCAUCUCUGGAGCUAUGGAUUCUGGACGGCUGGGGGGAGAUGGGAGGAGGAGGAAGGAGAGGAGGAGGAAGAAAUCUCCUCCUCCUCCGCCGCUGGCGCUGGAGAGACAGAAGAACCGACUUGCUGCCACCAAAUGCAUCACUGCGGCGUUGCAGCAGGCAGAGGCGGGCAGCCUGGCAGCAGCACAGCGCACCAUACAGCAGGGCAUUGCUGACAUACAAGCAUCUUAUGCCAUGCAGCAAGGGGAUGAGGCAUCGAGGCACUUGAUAGACGAGCUGAUGGAAAUCGAGAGACGCAUGUGCAACAUGCAGACGUACAAGGGAGCAGGCCUGGCCUAUGCCCUCUCAGCGCAGUCAGCCCAUCUGCUGCAGCGAGCCAACACGAGAGGGGGAGGGGCGGCAGAAGACAGCACUGCUGGCCUCGACUACAUGACCCCUUCAAUGGUCAACAUGUUGCACAAGUCACGGGCACACAGCACUGCCCUCACAUCAUCCCCCUCCUCAGGAGGAGGGGCAACUCUUGUUGCUGCUGCUGCUGCCGCCUCCUCCGGAUCACCCUCACAGCCGUUAUUUGACAGGAGACAAGGGGCGAACGGGGCAAAUGGGAUGCUGGCUGCUGCAGCUGCAGCCCUCCCUCAACCACCCCUGGAUGGUUUGAGUGGAGACAGCUACGGCAACAGCGGCCCCUCUCGGCACGGUGGUGAGACCUCCACCAGAAGCAGCGUGCCAGACUCGCCAGCAGCAGCAGCAGCAGCAGCAGGAGGAGUAGGGCUGAGAAGGCAGAGGUCUGGCGUGCAACGGAACAGCAAGCCGGCUCCCUUGGUGGUGCGCAGUGGGAUGGGUGUGGCUGCUGCUGUGGCCGCCGCUGCUGCAGGGGAUGGCCGGCUGGACUCCUCUGCGUCGCUGUCUGCAGUCGCUCACGCACUCUCGUCCUCACCUCGUCCCGUGGAGGCAUGA